GAGACGGGGAGACGCUCGGGACUUGGAGUAGAGGAGAAGUUUAGUUGCUCAGUCGGGAAAACUGUUGGACGAGAGACCGUGUUGGGAAUCAUUCCCCUCAAUUAUAUCAUAUUUCACUCCUUUCCUGAUUAUAACGACGGAUAUUUCGUUUCUUCGACUGGAUACAUUCAGCCCUAGAUAUGAGCUUUUUAUUUGGAAGCCGUUCGUCAAAGACGUUCAAGCCCAAGAAGAAUAUUCCAGAGGGUUCGCACCAGUAUGAGUUACUGAAGCAUGCUGAGGCCACACUGGGCAGUGGGAACUUGCGCAUGGCUGUCAUGCUCCCAGACGGAGAGGACCUCAAUGAAUGGGUGGCAGUCAACACUGUGGACUUCUUUAAUCAGAUUAACAUGCUGUAUGGGACCAUCACUGACUUCUGCACUGAAGAAAACUGCCCUCUAAUGUCUGCUGGACCUAAGUAUGAAUAUCACUGGGCUGAUGGAACCAACAUAAAAAAGCCAAUCAAAUGCUCUGCUCCCAAGUAUAUUGAUUACCUGAUGACCUGGGUCCAGGACCAGCUUGAUGAUGAAACACUGUUUCCUUCAAAAAUCGGUGUCCCUUUCCCAAAGAACUUCAUGUCAGUGGCAAAGACCAUCCUGAAGCGUCUGUUCCGUGUCUACGCUCACAUCUACCACCAGCACUUUGAUUCAGUCAUCCAGCUGCAGGAGGAGGCCCAUCUCAACACCUCCUUCAAACACUUCAUCUUCUUCGUUCAGGAGUUCAACUUGAUUGACAGGAAAGAACUGGCACCCCUUCAGGAGCUGAUCGAGAAGCUGACGUCUAAGGACAGAUAAAAACAAAUCAAAAUUUACUUGUCGUCCCAUCUCCUCCAAUUACUGUGCACAGGCAACCUGUCUUUGUUCUCUCCAAUGCUUGACAGAUCUAUGGGAUUUGCUCCCAGAACAGUGGAAGACUCUAAACCGAACCGUUGUAGAAGGGUCCUCUAUAGAUUUGUAUCUUGUUCUCCACAACUUUACAGAAGUUUCCUUUAACUUGGGUCAUGAAUAGUUCUUAUGUUACCAGUGUCCAUGUGACGUUUUCUCAAAAAGCUGAUCGUCUAUACGUAAGUGCCUGACGUACAUUCACCUACAUAUUGUAAUUGUUUUGCGAAAAAAAAGUACCACUACUACUGUAUAACUGUCUUCAUGACUGCUAAUAUACCACCAACUCUCGCAAGAUCGUUUUCGGGGGAUUCCUUGUAACUUUAUGAAAAGGGAAUCAAGCUGGUAGACACUUUCUGAAGAGAUAAGUCCUGCUCUUCUUAGUUCAGAAUUUACAGUACCUGCUCCUGAGUUUAUACUAUUUGUUCAGUCAUUCUGUUUAUUUUAUCAUAGCUGGACCAUUUUUUGUUUGUUUUUUCUUUUCAUUUGUUGUUUUUUACUUGUGUAACCCUUUGUCAUUUCUUCUAGUUGUAGUGGUGCUGCACAAAAAAGGAAAAUCUGUAAUUUGCACUGGGCCUGUAGUUGCCUAACAUGACCUUUGUACCAGUAGAGUAAUUGAAAGAAAUAACAAAAGACUAGUUACAUGCGUAGAAUACUCUAAUUUUAUAUAUAAGCGCUCCAAAAGGUGGGCAGGCCUUUCAGUUGUUGGAGGGAGGGUAAUGGGGUUAAUACGCUUACUAUGCAACAUCUGCAUUCUUUUAAUCUCUGUAUUUCUUUGUGCUUCUUGCCAUAGAAUAGGCUUGUAGAACCCAAGUUGUUUUGGCAGUGAAAUUACAGCUAGUGCCAAUAUCCAACCCACCUUGGGCCCCUUAUGUGAGUAUAAUUGAAGUAACAGCAAAAAGGACAACAAAAUCUGCUUAACAUUUUCUUUAGAUUACGUGUUUUUUUUUUUGUUCUUUGACUUUAUCCUGACAAGUAUGUCAUGUUCUGACUGAAAAUGUUUCUCUCAUGAUAUUUCCCAUUAAAAUGGCAAAUAUGAAGAGGGGAAGCUGGACUUGAAAGAGAAAUACAUAAAUGGAAUAUAUGAUAAGUGUAAACAUUUUAAGCAUAAAUCCUAUGAAUAUCUUAAUUUUAUGUUCUGUUGGUUGGUUUUCGUUGUUUGCACUUUGAAUUAGCAUAUUUAAGAGGUUGUAUGUUCCACUAAAGCUACCUCUUAACAGAUUUGUGGUAAUGACGCUAUUUUGCAGAAGAUUUUAUCAGUUUAUCUAAAUCCCUACCACAGUAUAAUGAAAGAUUAUUUGUUUUUGAUUUGGUUUCGCCCCAUGAAUGUCAAUUUUUAUGAUAUGAAUGUUAGCAAAUAGGUAGGAGCUUGUGAUGGAAAUGAUUGCUUGACUUUUUUCACAGACCUUAUUUCAAAGCGAUAUAAAGAGGUCCAGUCAGCAGUGAUCAAACACACUAUAUCUUUUUUGACGAAAACUUGUAAAUAAUGUACACAGAUUAGGUAUGCAGUGGAAAUAAGAGAAAAAUGCUUAACUUGCAAGACUUUGUGGUACAAUAUUGAAUGCUGUUUAUAGUAUAAUAAAAUUUGUUUGACCAAG